CGCCCACGCAGCGCCCACGCAAGAUGAACCCCGAAUAUGACUACCUCUUCAAGCUCCUGCUGAUCGGUGACUCCGGCGUCGGCAAAUCGUGCCUUCUGCUCCGUUUCGCCGACGAUACAUACACCGAGAGCUACAUCUCCACCAUCGGCGUCGACUUCAAAAUUCGCACGGUCGAGCUGGAGGGCAAGACGGUGAAGCUUCAGAUCUGGGACACCGCGGGCCAGGAGCGCUUCAGGACCAUCACCUCCUCCUACUACCGCGGCGCGCACGGCAUCAUCGUGGUGUACGACGUGACGGACGCGGAGUCCUUCAACAACGUCAAGCAGUGGCUCAACGAGAUCGACAGGUACGCCAACGAGAACGUGAACAAGCUGCUGGUGGGUAACAAGAGCGACCUCACGGCGAAGCGGGCGGUGGACUACGAGACGGCGAAGGCGUUUGCAGACGAGAUUGGCAUCCCCUUCCUGGAGACCUCGGCGAAGAACGCCACCAACGUCGAGCAGGCGUUCAUGACCAUGGCGGCCGAGAUCAAGACGCGCAUGGCGUCGCAGCCGGCGCUCAACCAGGGUCCCAAGGGUGCCACGGUCAGGCCGGGCGAGGGCAGGCCUGUCGGGAAGGCCAACAGCCAGUGCUGCUAAAAGGGGCGGGCGAGGGGGCUGAAUGUUUUUUUUUCCAGCAGCGCGGGGUUGGAGACCCGCCCGCGGUUUAAUGUCAUCGAUUGUUGAUACGCGU